AUUCCAAAAAUGGGAAGCAACUGCUGCACCACCAGGCCCUCAUUCCUCUCAAGCACGAGCCAUAACCCGAUCAAGGAAUCCCCCUCCGUCACUGAAUUGAACCAGCCGAACCAGAACGCAAUCAUGCCUCAUAAAUAAAUUCAAAAUUGAAGAAGAUUUCUUCUAUGAAGAUAUUUAUGAAGAAAUUCGUGAACUUAAACACUUUGAGAACAAACUAGCCAGGUUCAUUAAGGUUAGAGAAAGAGGCAUCUCCAAGCAGAACUUUUACACUGCGAAGGAGUAUAAGUUUAAGAACGACCAGAGUGAUUUUGAGUAUACCCCUAAGUAUUUGAAAGAUUAUGUGUAUACUAAGUAUAUUGAUGACCCAAGAGUUCCACAUCCGUUAGAUGCCUUUGCUAAUGAGUCUAACGAAGGAACACGCAGGGUAUAUAUUUAUGAGAGUAUGAAUGGGUUCACCCUUGCUCAGCUUAUGUCAGGAAAAGUGAAGCAAUACAGGCUGCCAGGUGAUUUUGCUGUUUCAAAUACUGGUGAAUUGGAAGACCAAUUGGAUUCAGGUCCUAUUGCUUAUGACAAGUGAUGUGUUAUUUUCAAACAAUUGCUUGAUAUAGUCAUGAUGAUACAUGACAAAAACAUUAUUCAUAGAGAUAUAAGCCCUCAUAAUAUCAUAUUUCAAGAGAAAGGCAACAUCCGAUCUAUAAAAUUAAUCAAUUUCGAGAAUGCUCUCUUUGUAGGAGAUUCUGAACAAAUAGAAGCACAUUGUAACUCUGUCCUCAGAGAUUAUGCUGAGUCAUAUUUCUUGCAAAUGAGAGAGAAGCUGCUUAAUAACAUGAAAAUUCACUUGAAAAGCGGGAAAAAUUUUGAUGAUAUCUUAGAGGAUAAUGUCGCUUUUAUUGCUCCAGAAAGAGCUAAUCUUCAACCAUAUGACAAGAGGGUUGAUUAUUAUGCCUUAGGAGUAAUAUUCUCCAUGAUGCUUGGAAACAGACAUCCCUACUUUCACUUGGUUAGUAGCAAUAGUUUUGAUAAAUUUGUCCAGAAUAUAAAUUAUAGCAAAUAAGGAAGAUCUUCAGCCAAAAUUUCCAUAUGUGUUUAAAAGUAUUCCUCCUAAGCUUACUAAGCUAAUCAAUAAUUUAAUUUGAAUUGAUCCAAACGAUAGACACACUCAGAUUAAGAUCAAGAAAGGAUACCUUAUUCUAGAUUUUGAGUAUAAAAAGUUCUUUGAACACAAGAACAAGAAAAUUGGUAAGGAAAUUUGAUGCUGUCAAUAUUAUCAAAGAUCUUCAGUUGAUGUCCAAAAUAGUAAUUUACAGACGGUUCUUCUCAUCAUAUGCCAGAUCAGAAGAAAUUGAAGAAAUGAGGAAUGUAUUUGAAAAUGAGCUCUGUGAGUAAGUCUCUACAAGUCAUUCUCUAGGGAUUCCAUCGAAGAAGAUGAUUUACAAGGAGAUAAAAAGGUUCCAAAGAUCAAAGUCUUAGCUUAUUUAAGCAAUAAAUUACUUCCUUCUCAGGCUCAUAGUAUUGAAAAUGAGAAAGAUUCAGCUAAGAGAAUUGAGAAACAGCUUACUCAUAAAUACCUUGAAGAAGAAAGGAAAUUUAAUGAGGUUAAUAGGGACUAUUUAAACCUUAUUAGCCUUGUUUACGAGAACUAUAUGACUCCUGGGAUACUGCAGACAACUGAUGAUUCAGAGUACAUGAUGCUAACAGAGUUUAUGAUGCUGGCUCUCUCCCUUGAAAAUGUAACCGAUCCAAAAGAGAUCAUUAUCGAGAAUAUAUUUUCUAAUUUAGACAGAAAAGGGGAGGGGAAGAUUGAAAAAGCUGUCUUACUCAAGAUCCUGAGAGAAGGCCUGAUCAUGAAGGAUACAAUGAUUAGAGCAAUCAGAAGUAUUUCAGGAGAUCAUAAAGAUACAAGUUUAGAUAAAAGAAUGCAAGAGUUAUGUGACACAAUACUCAGUCAGAUGCUUUCCAACAUGAAGUAUGAUCAUGCUGGCAGAUUUUCAAAAGCUGAAUUUAUGAAGUUCAUGAUUUCAUAAAGACUUAAGAUUUUAUAUGAAAACUUAGUCUCAACU